UUCUUCUUUGACUGUACUUUCUCAAUUUUAAAAAUACAAACUUAUGUCUGAUAAAAUCAAUGUCAAAUGCUUUAAUUUAUUAAUUAAUAAUUUAUUUUCUAACCAUUUACUAUUAUUGUUUUAAUCAAAGAAAAAAUAUAUUCAUCUCUUAAUGAAGCAAUAUGUCAUAUGGUUAAUACUUUUGCCCUUGUGCUCCUGCGAAUACGUUGGCAAUAGUGAUUCUCAUGCUGCAUCCAUUCAACUGAUGGCAGAAAAUCCAUCAUCUGAUUACAAAGAAGUCAUGAAGAACCUCUGUAAUAAUUGGCAUUCUCCUAUUUCGUAUCUCAAGAAGCGAGGCUAUAUGCCCACCAAUAUCGAAUACAAACCCAAAGUAUUUCCAAAAAAGAAAAUCUACCAGGAAAAUAUAAAAGGUGGAGAGAAUUACUUUUUCUUCUCCGAUAAGAACGAACAAAAACCAAGAAAAAGUAUUACGUUGUUGGAAAACGAGGAGAUUGAUGCUGAAAAAUCAAAAGCUCCAGAAGUAACAAAAAUCGAACCAAACACAGCAGACCCCCAAUCGAAGCCACCGGAGGAGAUGACUAAGAAUGAUACCACCGGAAUAAUCAGUAAAGUUAAAAAUAAAUUCCUAAGCAUAUUUUCAAAAAAAAAUACAAACAAAGACAUCCCUGGUCAGGUGGAAGAAACUUUUGAUCUCGAAGAUCCCGAGUUUCUAAAGGACUACAUCCAUGAUGAUGAAGAAUAUGACAUAUUAGAUAGAAGGAUUUUUGCAAGGAGUGUUUCGGAAAAUCCACCUCCAAAGCAAUUCAAUUCUUCCAAUGAAAAUAUCUUGAGUUAUCUUCAAGAUCCAGAGAUUCGUUUUAUAAAGAGUUUCAUAAAUUGGUUUAAACAAUAUAAAGAUGAUUUAAAGUUUUUAUCAAUGUUAAACUCAAAUAUUACAACAACUGCUGUAGGAAAGAAUUCGGACUUGAAAGAUGGUGAAAUAAAAUCAAGUUCUUCUAAAUCCGAUACUACCGUGAGUACCAGUACAAAGCCAACUGAUGUUGGAUCAAAUGUUCGAAAUUCGACUGAAUCAGGAUCUAAUAAGAAAGUUAUUUCGACCACAAAAUCAGCGAAUGCUACUUCUGAGAGUAACGAAGUUGAAAAUGGACUAUCGACCACUGUUAAGACGAACAAAGUCCCGGACAAGGCAUCUGCACCAAAAAACAUCUCAUCAUCAACAUCAAAACCUAUUGGGAAAAAUGAUUCGAACGAUUUUACAGUCGAAUUGAAUAUAAAUCAAAAAAAUGGAACUGGAGAAGUUUCGAUGGGUGGCGACAAGACAACCCAGUGUGCUCCCUUGCGACUUAACGAUAUGUCAUUUGACUUGGAAUGGAAUAAAAUAAAUACAGUACCACAAAAUAAUCGAGAAAAGGCGAGUAUCCUUGAUCUGCCUUAUAUAAGUGAACCCCAAGGUCAAAGUUUGGCAGCAAAAUUUUUACAAGAGGCGAACUCAUACCCAGUUAAGAGUGACGAGUACUUAAAGCCUCCUUAUAGUGAUGACUUUUUGGAUUCCCAACAAUCUCUGCCGAGUGAAUUGGAGGUUCCCCUUAAAUCUAGUACGAAACGUGAAGUAGGUUUACCCAGCUUUGGAAAACAUGGAGAUAUUUAUUCAUUCCCAGAGGAUGAUAACGCUUUUGAUGAAAAUCCUUAUGAGGCCUCCCCCAAACGUCGUAUAAAAGGAAGAGUUAGAGGACGGAACAAAAAGAAGCUGAAACAUAAGCACGAUACACCGCCAGCUGAAACUUUUGAUGUGAAUAUUGACUUGAACGAUGAUACGAAGCAAGGAACUGAUUUCGAUUCCUUCGAUGAGCUUAAGGACAUUCAGUUUAGGGUGAAUGACGAUGAAGAACAAGCUAUUUCGACAUUCAUCUCGAACCUUAACUCACCACCAGAAGUAUUUAGCUUUGAUGUGGAUAAGUUCCUGAGAUCAGCUGAACAAAACAUGGAACCAAAGGCACCAGUAUUUGAUUUCCAGUCACCACCCGAAACAAGGACUUACUAUGAAUUCCAAGAAUCACCUUCAGUUGAAAACGAAAAACUACCACUAAUUGAACCGCUAUCAGAUGAUGAAAAUGGAGCAUCAAACGUGAAUAAACGAUCGCGAACAUCCCCUGAGAAGCGGGACCUCUUGAGGCAGUACAUUAAAGGUGUUUCUAGUGCAAUUAAUCAUAACUUUGACGAUGGCUUCAAGAUGCAAAGAAGUACAAAUUAUGAUUCAGAUGCAAUAGAUUCCAUCAAGCCGAAUGAAAAGGAAGAUUCAUUCAUUGAUUCUAAUUAUUUUGUUUUAAAUGAAGGUAUCGAUCAUGCAUUCGAUGUACCAAAACAGGACUUGGAUGUUGUUCCGACUGAUUACUCUUCGCAGAGUUUAGAGAUUGAUUUGGAUUUGGCCAAAAAAUUUCGGGACUUAAAUAUCGGAAAGUUUGAAAAUGGUUUGUCUAAAGUUUUCGAAUCGAAAAACGUUGAGCAAAUCUCAAACGAUAAUAAUCAAGUGGAAUCUAAUGAUGAAUGAGAAUUUUUAAUAUAUUUAUUUAAGAAUAUUUUAUUUGAAUGUUGUAUUUUUAAAAUAUAAAUAAUAUAAUAUAAUCUUUGCAAACUCGAGAGUUC